CAUAUAUACAACAAAAGCAACAACCUAAACAACUCUUAACCAGCUGCAUUCUGCAAUGGUUAGCGCCGAUAUCGAUACCGGAGCUAUUUUCCGGUCUGUUAAAGAGGCUGUCACUCUCUUCGACGAGAGAAUUCUUCUCGGAGAAAAUUACGUCAACAAGUCCGAAGAGAGAGACAAUGGAGAUAGCAAUGCGGGUUUUAGAAGCAAAACAAUAGAGGCUGAGUUGGAUGAAGCAAAGGAGAAUCUGAAAAAAGCUGAAGAAGAGAACAAGGUUUUGUCUCAGCUACUCGAAACACUAACGCAUGAGCUUGAAACCACUAAAGAAAAGCUAAACCAUUCACUUAGAAACUUCCCAGAAGACCCUCAAGUCGAAGAUGACCUCAAGUUCAUAGAGCAACCAACGGUUAUUGAACCGGAUAGCAUAACCGAGAUCAAGAUGAACCGGUUUGAUCAAAAUGAAGUGUAUGAUAAUGAAGAUCGUCUGGAGAAGAGACGUUCGGUGAAGGUUGCAAAUCCACCAACGAAGGUCAUUGAGAGAAAAGAGGAUAAGAAGAACCAAGCUAUGGUGAAGAAGCAGACAAAGAAGAUGAAGCCGUUGGUCCCAUUGGCUGCUUGGCUCUUUUCAAAAAACCGGUCAAGUUAAUAACCACCUUUAGUGAUCCUUGUCUCACGUUUAUACGUACUCAUCGCCUUAUGAAUUCUGAAAUAACAUUCCCAAAACUAUUUGUUCUUAUUUUGGGGAUUCGUUCGACUUUAUUUUGUUACAUUUUUAUCGUCUGACAUGUAAGUACCGAUUUCUCGAAACUAAGAAACCAUGAC